AUGUUUUUGUUUUUGUUGCUGUGUUUUGUUGUUUUGGGUUGGGCGUGUACGACGAGUACCAAUUUAUACUUAUAUUUUUCCUACUUGUCUGUACAACUUUUCUAUGAAAUACUAGGUUCAGCCACAGCAAAAAACUAUAAUUUUAUAGGAAAUGGAUUCACUACGUGUGUGUUUAUUUUGGUGUAUUAUUGGUCUUUGCCUGAUAAAUAUUUGUUUAGGUUUGGAAUGUUAUGUAUGUGACAAACAGAAAGGAAAUGAUGAAAAGUGUAUGAAGACGAUUAAAGUUUGUGAGCCAGGUGACGACAUGUGUCUAACAGAUUUUCGCUGGGGAAGUACACCGUACUGGGAGCUUGGAGCACCUAAACAGUAUUAUGUGUCCAAGAGGUGUGCUACCAAGAACGAAUGUGAACGAGAGAGAAAAGACAGAAUGCCUUAUUGUAAUUAUGUUUGGUAUCUAGAUUGGAAAUGUUCUGAUUGCUGUUCUGGUGACCGCUGCAAUUAUUUUGUCAUAUUGAGUGGCAGUUUGGCUAAGGCAAGUGCAAUGGUACUGUCAAUAAGUCUGCUCUCAGUUUUUGCUGUCGGAAGAUGGAUUGUUGGUUAAUUAUCCAUUCCUAAUUAUGAACCUACAUUUUUGGAAUGAAGCGAUGAAAUUCAAAGAAGCACUUAAUUUUAAUUUUACUGAAGACUGUUCAUCGGAAGUUCUGAUAAACAUGAUAAACACAUAUUCAAGUUUCAUUCCACAUCUAUAAUUAUUAAGUGUCUUUGAAAAUUGUGGUACUGAAUACUUUUUAUCAGUUUUUAAUGAAAAAAUCAAUUUUACUGUUGAUCUAGUGAAGUAAUUUUUAACUUUGAUAUUUUUAUAUACAUCUGCGUAAUAGGCUGGUUAUGCAGUAUUUAUCCGUCCAAUUUUGUACUACCUAGGGAUAUCAGCCCAGGGCCCAGGGCUUUUUUCUUGUAUCUAGCUUAUAUUCAGGCUUAUAUAGUAAUUGUAUUUAAUUUGUAAGAAUGUUACCCUAAUAGUAUUGAAUUUAUGUCCUUUAGUGUCCUGCACUUCAAAGCACAAAAUGACCCCCCCCCCCCCCAAAAAAAAAAACAAAAAAAAAAACAACAACAACAAAACUAAUGGUUUGUGUUUUGUAAAAUACUGAAAUAGUAUUUCUCAAUCUUUAUGAUUUGCUUUGAGUUGAGUAUUUUAUUUUACCGAGCAACAUUUUCAUGUAGAUUUUAAUUAUGAAUGAGGAAUUGUUUUAUCGGUAUCUGUUAAGGACAGCUACUAUAAUAGAAGAAUCCUCAUCUCUUGCAGGUAUUUUAAAUUGGUACUUCUAUUAAGUACUGAUGCCAAAUUUUUGGGGUGAAAUUUAGGCAGAGAAUAGAAUCUGUUGCAAAAGUGGACAUAGAUUAUGUGGUGCUUCUGCUUUCAUGAGACACUCGUCAGCACCCAUCAAGGGGUUCCAAAAUUUCCUCAUAAUUUGUUAAAAUGCAUUAGCACUACUGAAGAAGGAUGUCGCUAAUAGCACACCUAGGCUUCAUCAGUAAAAAAAAAAAGAAAAGAAAAAGAAAUUGAAGUGAUAAGUGGGUUGUCUUAAUGGAGUGGCAUAACUGUGUUCAAAUUAUGUUUUAAUUGAUAUGUAUAUGAUAUUUUGGAUAUAAUUUUAAUAGAUCUCCUUGGAAUACUUAUUCUAAAGAAAAAGAGCAGGAGGAUUGGCCAGGAACUUGACAAUUUGUUCAGGCCUCGCCACCUGCUCUUGUCCAAUCACAGUUGAUAACAAAUCUCAUUUUAUUUUUCUGGCCUUCUUAGAGUUAAGUCUUCUAUUUGUCCGUCCAUAUUGUGCAGUUAGACUUCUAUGCUUACUGUGAUUGUGAAGUGCCUUACUAUUACAGUCAUUCCUGUAUAUUGUUUCAGGAUCUCAAUGUAGUUUUGAUGAAUUGUAGGAUGUUAGUUCAUAACAUUACUAAUUAAAUUGUUCUUUAAAAUCA